AUGGCCAGCUACUGGAAGUCGGUCAACUCCUCGGUCGUGCUGUUCCUCCCCCUGGUGGCCGCGGGGGGCGACCAGGCCCGGGGCGCCAACGCUUCCGGUCACCUGACGACGUACAUGGCGGCGGGGGGCGACCACAACAAGACGACCAUCACCUCGGCUCACCUGACCACCUACAACCUGUCCACCAUGAUGCUGUACGAGGAUAAAAGGUCAAGGUACGUGUGUUACCGCACUGCCCAGAUCAUCCUCUGUGUCCUGGGACUGGCCGGCAACGCCGGGGUCAUCCUAGCCUGGUCCGCCGGCAGGAGACGGACCCCCAUCGUCGCCCUCAUGACGUCACUGGCCGUCUGGGACCUGGGUCUACUGACCAGCUUCAUGUACUACUGCGUGCGCAGCUUUAAAUGGUGGUACUUCCGGGAGAACGUCCUGCGCUACCCGUGGAGCGGAUCCCUGUACCAGAUGGGCAACGACCCGCCCAUGUACCUGGCCAUCUUAGCGUUCAACUGUUUCGUCUGCACGUCCGUCUUCACCGUCUUAGCCAUCUCCAUCGUCCGGUACAUCGCCGUAGUUCGUCCGCUGGUCGUGCGACGCAUCUGCUCCAAGAAACGCAUCAAAAUCCUCAUCCUGACCAUCGUCAGCGCGGCCGUGGUCAUGUCCUUUGUGUUCUGCCUUAAGUUCCUGUGCCUUUCCUUCACUUCCGCUUUAGGCUCCUCCUUCUGCAUCUUCGUGCUCCAACACGAACGCGGGUUCUCCUACCCGGGGUUCAUCGCCAUCGGGAUCCUCCCCUGGGUCGGGACGAUCCCCCUCAGCGCGCUGCUUGUCCUGCAGGUGACGCGAAUCCCAAGGACGAGAAACAUCCGACGCGGGUCGUUUCCGGCAUCCAUGGAAUACGGCACCCGCCGCGUCACGCUCUACGUCAUCGUAAUGGUGAUCCUGUCCACCAUGACGUACCCGGUUUCCAUGAACAUUUUCCUGGCCAUGCAGGAAUCCCCUGAGUGGCCGCAGAAGACGAAAGAGGACCUCUACCUCACCAGUGACUUCCUCUUCAUCAUCAACUGCAUCGCGCACAUCUUCCUCUUCUACGCCGGCGGCACGUACUUCCGGAGUCUGAUGUACGCCCGCAUGACGUAUCUGUGCGCAUGCGUGUGCCAGUGCUACCCCAUUCUGACCCACACGGACAACAAGCACGAGGAUGACGUCAUCGUGGUGGAUGACGUCAGGAACAACGUCAGCUCGACGCGCGACGCUCUGAACAGUGAGCGGUUGAUGUCUGGGUAUCAGAUGACUGGCCUUGAGGUCACGAGCCUUUGA